GGCUGCUUUAACAAUAUCCAAAUGAAACAUCCAUCUUAUUUUAGUCGGUAAAGACAGACAAAUUCACACACAGACGCACAUAGAUGAGUCUUCAUUAUCUAUGCGACCUCUGCUGCAGAGGGUAAUGCCUGCUCUCAUUCACUGACCAGCAGGAGAGAGGACACACAAAGAGCAAUCAAUCCAUCACUGACAUGCUGCUCUAUGUCCAAUGUUCCUGCCAGCCAAUCCUGUCAGAGACGGAAAACCAGAUUUCUGACGAAAGCCACACUAAUAGUGAUGUACCAUUCACAGGCCACCCAAUACUGAGUGCUCACUAAGACUCAAGAGGCAGUUAAUAGGUUGGUAUACUGAAUGUAAUUCAUAGUAAACUAGAAAUAUCUGUCUCCUUCCACAGAAGAAAUCGUUUUAAGGUUACUACCAGCAAAAGGUAAAAUGCAGAUUCCACAGUCACCUCUUCUAGCUCUCCUACUCUGCUGCUACCUCUCAGGAAGCCAAGCUAACCGCGUCUAUGUUCAUCCCUUCCACCUCCUUGUCGCCGAGAAUGUUACCUAUGAGACCCUGCAGGGCCAGACGUCCAAGUCUCUGAAUGCACUUCCUGUGGCCCCUCUUGAUAUUAAAGUCUUGACACCAGACAGCAGGGACCCGUCGGAACUGGAUGCACAGAGGCAGAACAUCACAGAGAGGACAGCGAUUCUGGCAGGGCUGUUGAACUCUCUGGGCCUGAGGAUGUACCAGGAUCUCAGCAGCAAGCAACACAGGGGCAACAUCCUCUUCUCUCCAUACAACACCUUUGGAUCCCUCGUCACCUUCUACCUGGGAGCCUCCAAGAAGACAGCGUGCUCGUUCCAGUCUCUACUGGGCCUGAGCAGUGCCAAUGACGGAGAGGACUGUGUCUAUUUCGUGGACGGACACAAGGUUCUCAAGACCCUGCACAGCAUUAACUCUCUGGUGGAUGAUGGACCGAAAGAUGAAAUCACUACCCAGGUGUGGACCUUCACUCGCCAUGAUGCUCGACUAGCCCAGGACUUUAUUCAAGGCACACAGGAGUUCUCAGACACGUCGUUCAUCCGUGGCGUGGACUUCUCCAAUCCUCAGGAAGCCGAGCAGCUGGUAAACAGCUUUGUGGACAAGACCUCAGAAGGGAAGGUGAAGAGCAUCUUCAGAGAUCUGAAUUCCAGCAGCAACAUUCUGUUUCUUAGUUUCUUCAACUUCCAAGGCAAGUGGAGGACAGCCUUCCAAGCAGAGAGGACCCUGCAGGAGUUUCAUGUGGAUGAAAGAACCACAGCGAUGGUUCCAUGGAUGACCCUCACGGGUCAGUACCACUACCUGGAUGAUAAGGUACGGCGGUGCAUAGUUGUGAAGCUGUCUUUGAGCAAACGGUCCUACAUGUUGCUAGUCUUGCCUCACGAAGGGGUCAACAUCCAAGACAUAGAGUCUAAGCUGAACCCUGAUGUCAUAUCUGACUGGCUGCAGAACCUCCAGGAAGUUCUGUUAGAGCUGUCCCUCCCAAAGUUCUCCAUGUCUUCUGAGAUAGAUCUGCACACCCUGCUGACCAACAUGAAUCCAGUAGUUGAGAGCCAACUGUUGGGCUCCCAGGCUGAGUUCAGCCAACUCAGCGACACCCAACCCUUCACUAUAGAUAAGGUGGUCAACAAGGUGAGGUUUGACAUGUCAGAAGAAGAAGAAGCAGAGCCGCAGGACAACACCCAGGAAGCUGGCAUCCCUCUGAAACUGUCCAUCAACCGACCGUUCUUAUUCUCUGUCAUAGAGGGAUAUUCUAACACUAUCCUCCUGCUGGGAAAGAUCACAGACACUUUAAAGUUACAUAGUGCUUAAAACCACCAAAAACCUCUGACGUGAAAAAUGUCCAACAUCCCAGGCCCAUUUAUUUCCAAUGUACCUCAUAGCCUACAGCUUUAGUUUCCGCAGGUGCUGAAAU